AUGUCAGACAACGAGCGACCCCGCGACCGCUAUCGCGAGCGAGACAACCGUCGGGAGCCACGCGAAGCCCGUGAGCGAGGCGGCACCCCCACAGAGCGACGCAACCGAUCGCGCAGUCCACGAGAGCGCGGCGGCCGGCGGGAUGCCCCCCGCUAUCGUUCCCGAUCACCCUUUAGGCGAGAUGAUCACGAAAGCGGUGGACGUGGCAGCGACAGAAGCAGAGGUGGUCACGAUCGAGGACGCGGUCGCGACGACCGUAGAGGAGGCAGGGACGACCGUGCCAACGCUGGCGACCGCUCACCACAACCACCAAAAGGCCCACGAGGCGGCAUCCGCGGCCCAUUUGGCGGUGCUGCCAAGCCUCCCACUGGUCCUCGCGCCUCAGUCGACGCACCCGCCAAGGAAGAGACGCCCGAUGUCGAGAUGAAGGACGAGAGGCAGAAGCCAGAGGACAUGGACGACGACAUGUGGGAGAUGCUGAAAGUCAUGGGUUUUGGAGGGUUCAAGUCAACAAAGAACACCAAGGUGCCUGGAAACGACAAGAACUUUGGAGUCAGGAAGGACAAGCAGCUGCAGGCCAGACAGUACAUGAACCGACAGGGUGGAUUCAACAGGCCGCUAUCGCCUAGCAGGAGCUGAUGAGGGGUGGCGACACGAGACUACUGUAUAUUAUACUAUAUUCUCAGUUGGAGGAUUCAUGAGCUUUCCAUUGAGGGGCUGUCCUGAGGACAAUGGCAUGCCACCUGACUCUCUACAUUCAGCAUACCAUGCUCGAUGACGACAUUCGACAAGGACUACGGAUACGGGAUGCUAUGGGAUCAGGAUACUUGUACUUGAGACAGAGCCGGUCAGGGUAUGGCGCCUUCUUUCCUUGGUUAUCUUUAACAUGGUUCUUUCGCAGUCUGACCAGAACAAAGGGAGGAUGAACGCUGCUAGACUAGGACAGCUGUCACUGGCAGUGUGGAAAGGUUAUGGAAGAUUCAUCAUAUGAGUGCAGCUCGAAAGAUUGCGAGUCCGACUACUAAUACAACAUUUGCCGAUAAUCCA